AUGGCCAACAACACGCUAGUCUUACUGCUGAACGUAACCAAUCCAACCAUCUCCUGGACUUUCGUCCCGAUCUUAGGCGUCAUCGUUCUUCCCUUAACCGUACUUUUCAACGGGUUAAUCUUGAUAUUAUUCACCAUCGACAGCAAUCUCCGCACGCCGUUCAACGUCUACCUUGCCAACCUGCUUUUCGCCAAUAUCCUAUACGCUGUCCCGGUGAUUCCGUUGGACAUCUUGAAUUCCCUGUUUCGCCGUUGGGAUCUCGGGAGCGCAGCCUGUGACGUGUACAUCUAUAGCAGCUACCUGAUGGCCACCGUCACCGCCCACUGUCACCUGCUAAUCACCCUCAACCGAUUGUGGGCGGUACAGUGGCCACUGUCCUACGCGCAGCGGCAUUCCACAAAACUGGCCGUCGGCAUCUGCGCCGGGAUGUGGCUAUACGUUAACGCGGGACUCUUACCGGGAAUCGUAUUAUAUUUUAUGAAAUAUCAAAAGCCGGUGAAUUCCUUCGGCUGUGAUCUUUUAUUAGCCGGUGACGCACUAGCAGGUUUUCGGUACUUUAAUCAGCUUUACCUGUUCGAUCUGGUUAAUCUGGUUAUCCCGGCGGUGUAUCCGUAUUUGUGGUAUCGACGACGGAAGAUUCAUCCCGUGGAGGGUGUCCGGUAUGCGGUGACCUCAGAAAAUCAACCGUCAAACGAAGCUGGGACCGGUGCAACGCGAAAAUCAAAAGGUCAUGACGGACGCUAUGCGGUGGCGUCGGAAAAUCAGCCGUCUGAGACCGGAGGGGCGCGUAAAGUAAAAGGUCACGGUCGGGCAUUCGCCGUGUUGACGAUCUUGACCGCCAGUAUUACGGUGUGUUGGACACCGGCUGCGGUGUUCUUUACCGUUAGCAUGUUUACGGAUGUUAGCUCCUGGCCGACGGUGAUUUAUAUUGUGCGGGGAUUAUUUGCGGUACAGCCGGUACUGGAUCCUAUUUUGUUUGCAAUGACGCUGCCGGAUUUGCGGAAUGCACUGCAGAGCAGAUUAUUUUGUCGUAAUUUUUUUAUCAUGGCUAACAUUUCUUCUAUAACUAACGCCACUCUCCCAUCGAUUACAUGGUCAUCUAUCCCGAUUCUGGAUGUCAUCAUCCUGCCGCUAACUGUCCUCUUCAACGGCGUCAUUCUUCUCCUCUUUCUUAUCGACAGCAAUUUACGGAGUCCGUUCACCGUGUACCUCGCCAACCUGCUCUUCUCCAACGUGCUGUAUGCCGUACUGGUAACCCCGCUGGACAUCCUCCUCUCCCUGUUCCCGCGGUGGAUCUUCGGGAGCGGAGCAUGCCGGUUAUACAUCUACAGCAGCUACCUGAUGGCCACCGUUACCGCCCACUGUCAUCUUUUAAUCACCCUCAACCGGUUGUGGGCGGUGCAGUGGCCGCUGUCCUACGCGCACCGACACUCCACGAAAAUAGCCGUUGGCAUCUGCGCCGGGAUGUGGGUAUACGUUAACGUUGGUUUAUUACCAGGGAUCAUCACGUACAUUGUGAAAUACCAGAAGCCGGUAGAGGUGUACGGCUGCAGCAUACUUUUAGCCGAUGAGGCACUGCUGGGGUUUCGCUAUUUCAAUCAGCUGUAUUUGUUCGAUCUGGUGAAUGUAUUUAUCCCGGCGGUGUAUCCCUACCUGUGGUAUCGGCGCCGGAAGAUCCAUCCCGGAGAAAGCGGUGUGUCGUCGGAUAAGCCGUCCGUGGAGGUAUCGACCGGUGCCAGCAGACGAAGAAUGAAAGGUCAAGCGCGGGCGUUCGCGGUUCUGACGAUGCUGACGGCCAGUAUCACGAUCUGCUGGACACCAGCAGCGACGCUGUUUACGUUAAGUAUGUUUAUGGAUGUCAGCGGGUGGGGCCUGGCGUUCCAGGUGGUGCGGGGAUUGUUCGCGGUGCAGCCGGUGCUGGAUCCCAUAUUGUUUACACUGACGCUGCCGGAUCUGCGCAGGGCGCUGGAAAUGCGGUUGCCGUGGCGUGCAUGGUGA